AGCACUGGGCCCUGUGCACAGUGGGCGCUCUCGGGGGCUGGCUCAGGUGUUCAGAAAGGCCUGGCACUGGCCUUGGCACAUGCCUCUCUAACUUGCAGCUUUCUCUCCUGCAGGGAGGUGUCUGUACUAAACUCGCCUGCACCCUGCUGCCUUUCCCCGGGGCCAGGGAACGCCCGCCGCUUUGCCAGGCUAAUGCCCCUUGCCCGGGCGCUGCAUGCGCCUCUGGCUGAACUCCGCCUCGCCCCGGGCCGCUCCCUCUCUGCCCCCUUCUGGUCUCCGCCCUGCGCGCCGCCUUUGUGUGCACGGAUCCGGCCAGGGCUCUCUCCGCCCCCCGCCCUCCACCUGGGGCGGCCAUAGGCUGCUGCCUUGUUUGCACGCCGGGCUGGCUAGGCGCGGGCUGGCUCUAGGGCUGGGCUGGAGGGAUGACAAAGCAGAGGCGAGCUGGGCUCAGCCCUCCUCCUCCUCCGGCUGCCCGGCGCUGCUGUUAUGGAAACCAGCCCGGCUUGCCCGAGCGGAUAAUGGAGCGGCCAUGGCCAAAGCCAGCAGCAGCGGCGCAGCGCCCCCGGCCAGGGCGGGGGGCCCGGAGGGCCAGGACCCCUGGGAGCUGUCCCUGGAGCAGGUGCUGAAGUCCUACGAGCAGCCCAUCAACGAGGAGCAGGCGUGGGCCGUGUGCUACCAGUGCUGCCGCGGGCUGGCGGGCGCCGAGGGGCGCUGGGGGCCGGCGGGCCGGAUCCGGGACACGGCGGACAUCCUGCUGCACAAGGACGGGACGGUGACGGCCCGCGGGGAGCAGGGCUCGGCCGAGCUUCCCCUGACCCUGUCACCCUCAACGGAAGCACAGAUGGUGCAGUCGCUGGGAUUUGCCAUUUACCGGGCGCUGGACUGGGGGCUGGACGAGAGUGAGGAGCGAGAACUGAGCCCCCAGCUGGAGAAGCUGAUCGACCUCAUGGCCAACAGCGACUCUGACGACAGCGGCUGCAGCAUGGCGGACGAGGGCUACGGGGGGCAGGAUGAAGAGGAGGAGGCUGUGGAGGGGCUCCCACGAGCCGUGCGCACCUUCGGGCAGGCCAUGAGGAUGUGCGCCGCUCGCCUGACGGCCCCCCAGGAGGCACAGCAACAUUACCAGGCUGUCUGCAGGGCCCUCUUUGUGGAGACGGUGGAGCUGAAGGCUUUUCUCACCAAGAUCCGGGAAGCUAAGGAGAUGCUGAGGAAGCUGAGGGAACAGGAGGAGGAGCUGGAGGAGAGGUCGACGGAUGAGCUCGAUAACCUGCGGAACACAGACUGGGCCCGGCUGUGGGUGCAGCUGAUGCGGGAGCUACGUGACGGUGUGAAGCUGAAGAAAGUCCAGGAGAAGCAGUACAACCCCCUGCCCACCGAGUACCAGCUGACGCCCUUUGAAAUGCUGAUGCAGGACAUCCGGGCACGCAACUACAAGCUUCGCAAAGUCAUGGUGGAUGGCGACAUCCCCCCCAGGGUGAAGAAAGAUGCCCAUGAACGCAUUCUGGAUUUUAUACGGUCACGGCCGCCACUGAAACAGGCGGCUGAGAGGCGGCUGCGCCCCAUGCCCCAGAAGCAGAGAACGCUCCACGAGAAGAUUCUGGAAGAAAUCAAACAAGAAAGAAAACUUCGCCCAGUCGAGAUGCGGCACCAGGGUCAGAAAGGUUUUGGCUCCCUGCCCUGCAUCCUUAAUGCCUGCUCCAGCGACGUGAAGUCAACCUCCUGCAUCAACCUCUCUGUACCCGACUCAAGCACCCCCGCCCAGCGCCUGCGGCCAAGGGUUCUGCUCAAGGCUCCGACGCUGGCCGAGAUGGAGGAGAUGAAUAUCUCCGAAGAGGAGGAGUCUCCAAGCGCUGAGAUGGGGAGGGAGCCUGGCUUAGGGCUCCCCCUGAAGCGUGAUCGCUCCUUCUCUGAACAGGACCUGGCCCAGUUCCAGAGCGAGAGGGGCACCAGCCAGCCCGAGUCAGGGUAUCUGGCACCACGGGAGUCUGAGCCAAGACCCCGCUCAGGUAGCAUGAAUACUGCACGGAUCAGCAUGGAAACCAAAGGUUCGUUCCCAGCCAGUUACCACCAGAUCCCAGCUAGCGCUGGUCCGCUCACGUCCGACCGCGGCUCCCUCGGGGCUGUGGAGGAGAGGCCAGAGGGCGGCUCCAGCUCCACCCCUGACAGCAGCUCCAAGCAUCUGUGGCUGGAGUUCAGCCACCCCGUGGAGAGCCUGGCCCUGACCGUGGAGGAGAUGAUGGACGUGCGCAGGGUGCUGGUAAAGGCCGAGAUGGAGAAAUUCCUCCAGAGCAAGGAACUCUACAACAGCCUGAAGAAGGGGAAGAUCUGCUGCUGCUGCAGAACAAAGUUCCCUUUGUUCUCUUGGCCCCCAGCCUGUCUCUUCUGCAAGAGAUCCGUCUGCGCCUCCUGCAGCCUCAAGAUUAAGAUGCCUUCGAAGAAGCUUGCUCAUAUUCCCGUCUACGCCCUGGGCUUCGAGAACCUCCCCAGAUCUCUGAAUGCCAAAGCUCUGCUGCUGAGGAAGAGAGACGCCUUCAACUCUCUGCACUGGCGGAGGGUGGAAGAGGAGUUCCCCCACAUCUAUGCCCACGGCUCCAUCUUGAAGGACAUCUGCAGUGACUGCACCAGCUUCGUGACCGAUGUCAUCAGCUCAAGCCGGAAGAGCAUGGCCAUCCUGAACGCCACGCCGCGCAAGGGCAGGAAGACGCAAUCCCUCUUCAUCCAGCCCACCCACAUUGCCAAAGCCCAGUGAAGGACUCCACUGCCGCCCUCCAGGCCUGGCCCUGGUAGCUUCACAGGCACCAGGAGCCAGGCUCACAAGCAACUCCGCAGUGUUAGCACCUUUGCAGAAAUUGGCUCUCCAAGGAGCUGGGACUCUCUGGGCAUCACCUCCCACCCCCACCAACAUUCGUGCGCAAGAACCAAACCAAGAUGGCUUCCAGAUGACCCUGCUGCCUAAAAAUUGCCACCAUCCUUCCCUGGCGUGCUGCAAACACCGCUGCUUACCCCCAGCCUGACCGCUCGUGCCGCUCUUCGACCUCCAUUGCGAUGCCCUGCUAGUGGAGGUGUGUGUAUGUACGUAGAUCAUCUCUAUACAGCUCUAUAUUUAUAGCCAUCAGUGACCAGCGAGAUGGCACGUCAGCCAGCGGGACUCUCAGGCUGCGGCGCGUGUCUGAGGCCACGUGUUGCACAGCAGGGAGCUCGGGGUCUCCCCAUGGGAGAGCAGAAGGGCCCAGUCCCUUGCUCUGGCUGAGGAUGGGCAGGGCCCAGGAUGUGACUCAGAGCCCAGCUUCUCUCAGAUCUGUCGGAGCAGGUCCUGGCGUGUUUCAUUCCUUCCCCCCUGGGCAGCUGGUCCUGCCCGGUUCCUCAGGGCCCCGGAGCAGGCUGGGGCGAUCUGUCCGGAACGUGUUGGAGGAGGAACUGUUCAGACUCUUCUGUUUACAUUGCUUCUGACUCGCCUGGAAGGAACGGAGUCCUAGCGCUGGGCUGAGGCUCCUGGGCCAGUGUGUGCUGCUGGCUAGCACAGGGCAACGUGCUGGUUCUGCCAUGUGGCCAGAGCCCUGCCAUUGGGAUCAGGGACGCAGGCUGUAGAUGCCCUCCUCAGCCCGCCCAGCCCGGCACCUUUCCCCUCCAGCUCAUCCCGUGGUGUCAACGGCUGCCUGGGCUGGGGGCCCCCGGUGGGGCUUAGUUCCCACGGAAAGCAUAAUGGGCUGGCUAGAAGCACUGGCUGGGUCUUAGGCCCUGUGUUUGAAUCCAGGGCAUGGUGCUUGUGAUGGCCCGAGGCCUGUCCUGGGAGCCAGAGUGGGGGCUGAGCCUUGUGAGGGUGGCCAAACGCCCCCUUUUGCUGGUAUGACUGUCUACACUGGGGCCUUAGCCAGCCUAGCGAGGUCAGGUGGGAGAGUGACUUUUCACACUCCUAACCAACACAGCUGCCGCAAAACUUAGCACUGUAGAUCAGGCCUCAGACCGGCAACUGGCUCGUGCUCAUAAAUCAAGUAAAUAAUUGCCAGUGGAUCUCUGCAUACAGCACGAAGCGACUGAGCUUUGGCAAACCAGGCCUGGAUGGGAGCUGGCAGCAUUUGGGGAAGGUUCAUCCUCCCUGGGAAACUGCACAGUGUGUGACAGGGGAAGCAAGGGGGAACGCUCCUGCAGACUCCACGACCUAGCAGCCCCUCUCCACGCUGAAGAUACCAUCCUGGCAGAAACCCGUGGUGCUCCGCUGCCCAUGGGCGCUGCUUUCUGAGGUUAGCCUGGGUUGGCGCCAGCCCGCUCGCUUCUCCCUGUUUUGACUCGGCCACAUUUUGCUGACACAUAACAAUGACAAUGCCUUAUCAUCCUGCCCACUGUCUGCAAUAACUCAUCCUCCUGCCCGUGUCAGCGUUGACAGGCAUGUGCGAAUGAGGGUGACCCCGCCCACGUGUCCUGUCCAUGGCUGAGCCAUCGGCCAAUGUUUUGUACACAGCCCAUCCUGUACAGAUGAAAUGUACAUUGUAAAUAACGUGCACCUGGACUGGCAUGGUUGCUCUUGUACAUAUGAUUGCUCCCAUACUAAUAAAUCCCUAUUUUGAGCUGCAGUGGCUGUUUCAUAAUGCUUUGUUGGCACAUACUGAUUCCUGGGCUGGGUAAGUGGGGAAGCUGGCGGGGUAGCUAUGGGUGGAGGGAGGCCAACCCAAACACUGCUGUAGCUUACUCCUGGGGGAAUUUUUGCGCCUCUGUGCGUGCGCAGACUUAAUAUUCCCCGCAGAUUUCUUUGCUUUCGUGCAGAAAAAUGACUUUCUAUCAGGGAAACAAAGGGAAGCUGCAAGAGCAGUCACGCACCAGUCCCUAGCAGAGCAGAUACAUCGUUUCAGGCACCCGGAGCAGCCAGCGGAGAGGUAAAUCACCAGGGGGCUGGGGACACCCCAGCCAGUGGCUCCUACCUUGAGCUGGGAUCAGCUGCUACUCCUGGCUGGGCUGGAGGCAGGAAAGGACAGGACUUCCUCUUCCCUGCAAGCAGUGUCUGGAGUUAUCAGACCACCCCCAGAAACCUCCCCCAGCUGCAGGAAGCUCAACAUCCUCCUCUGCUUCCUUCCUCCAUCGUGCCUCAGCUGGGGGGGAGGGGUCACUAUAUGGGGAGCUGCUCCCCAUCCACCCAGCUCCUGUGCAUCCGGAACUCCCCUACCCGGACACCGCUGCCAAGCCUCACCCCACCCCACUGAACCUCAACCCCUGCAUCUGGAGCCCUCCUGCACCCAGACCCCCUGCCUCCAGACCCCCACCCCUGCCUCCAGACCGCC